UACUAGGAGAGGUGAAAUAUUGGAUUAUAAAAACCCUAAAACCUUUGUAAGAGAGUCGCUUCGCUUUACCGUGCUCCCGUUUACUCUUUAGCAUUUCGUUUUCUACCCCAAAAACACUCACCUGCGGCUUCAGAGAGGGGGCUCUCAGAGCCCUUUUUUCUCUGUUUAAUCGCUUUUGUUUUCUUUCGGUCUUUCGAAGAAGAGCGGCUUGGCUUGAGGGAUUUCUUUGAGUUGAAUUUCAGGGAAAAUAAAUCAUGGGGUUUUGUUUGUUUGGCAAUUUUUGGGAGUUGAUUUUCUAUCUGUUUUCAGUUCUGUUCUUAAGAACUUGACCUUCUGAAGAAGAGCAGCCCGGCUUGAAGGUUCUUUUUUUAAGUUGAAUUUCAGGGUCUGUAUGUUCAAUGGUUAAUGCUCAAUCUCCGAAAGUGAACAGUUCUCUUCAGCUCCUGGAGUUGCCCACCAUGAAUGGUGAUAGUAUAGUGACGAAGAAGCUGAAAAUAAAAAUUUCUUCCAAGGGGGUGCCCGAAUCUAGGGGAGGCUCUGAGAUGAAUAUAAAGGUGAAACUACCUAUGUCGUCUGAAUCUAAGAAACGUGCACCUCAAUUGGAGAUGGACAAUGAAAGAGAGAAACGGCGGAAGAUGGAUCGGAGUAUAAAGCAACAGUGUGUUCUCAUUCUGAAAGCCUUGAUGACUCAUCCUAGUGGGUGGCCAUUCCUUGUACCAGUGGAUCCAGUCCAAUAUAACAUUCCUGAUUACUUCACUAUAAUUAGAAAACCAAUGGAUUUGGGUACAGUCAAAGCUAAAUUGGAUGGCAAUAUGUACUUCGAUGUUGAUGAAUUUGCUGCUGAUGUGAGGUUGACGUUUGCAAAUGCUAUGAAGUAUAAUCCUCCUAAUAAUGAUUUUCACCUCAUGGCUAAGAGAUUAGAUAAUACUUUCAAUCAGAGGUGGAAGUUGCUGGAAGGUAAGUGGAAAUCUGAGAGCAAAAAAUUCAGUCGGGCCUGUGUUUCAAGUGGUAAAGAAAUUGACUCUGAGAAUACAAGGGAGACUUUCUUUAAGAAAUCAGCACCAUGUACUAAUGGUCUGAGCAAGAGGCUGAUGCCUUUGGAGGAGAAGCAAAAGCUGAAGAAAGAACUUGUUGAUUUGCUUAGGGGAAAAGUUAUCAAGAAAAUGCAGAAUGCUCUUCAAAAGUUUGGAUUGAUGGGUCUUAAAGAAGAGAAGGUUAACCUGGACCUAGAUAAGUAUGAUGAUGACACACUAUUGGAGUUAAAGAGGGUGGUUAGAGUGUAUUCCAAUUUAGCUACAGAAAAGGCUGAGCCCGCUAGUGUGAAACAAAGUGGUGGGCAUAUGUCAUCCAAGGAGACUGUCCCUAAAGAUAGUAGCACAAGUUCUAUUUGCUCUGUCAAUACUAAGCAACAAGCAGACAUUGUUGCUUGCCACCUUCAAGGUGUUGAUACCCAUGCUCUUCCUAGGAGUUUCCCAACAGAAAGAAAGCUAGAGCAAGAUAAUUCGGGUGUUGCUAAAAAGGAUAGAGAGGUGACAGACUCCUUGGCAUCAAUUUCAUGUAGAACUGAUUUGAACUCUCAUGGUGGUCGAGGUAUCCUUCAUGAAGAAAAUCCAUGUUCCAGUCCGAAUAGAUCAACAGGUGCUUCCGCUGAUACAUAUGGUGAAGAUUGGGAUCCUCUUAUGAGCAUUGACCUUUCCCCGACCAAAGCGCUACGUGCUGCAAUGCUGAAGAGACGAUUUGCUGACACCAUCAUCAAAGCGAAACAGAAAUCCCUUCCAGUUGAUGGUGAUAGGGCUGAUUUGCAUAGAAUGCAGCAGGAAAGAGCGCAACUGGAAAAGCAGCAACUUGAAGAAAAAACCCGCAUUGAGGCAGAACUUAAAGCUGCGGAAAUUGCCUCUCGAAGGAAGGCGGAGGCUGAUCUUAAGAUGCAGCGGGAGAGACAGCGGGAAGCUGCCCGGAUUGCUCUACAAAAGGUGGAAAGGACUGUUGAAUUUGAAGACAAUUUCAAAAUAUUUAGGGAUCUUGAGAAACUGUGUAAAUGCUGCUCGGAAGCUGAGAAUUUAAGUGGUAAUGGAGAUGGAUUCACCAUCAUAUUGGGGGAGAACCCUCUGGAAAGGCUUGGCUUAUGCAUCAAAAAAGACUACUUAUAUGACGAUGACGAUGCAAUAUUGAAUGAAGAUUGGGAAGAUGGGGAGAUAUUGUAAUAAGAGCUCAUUUUUGUGAAUCGUUUCUUGUUUAUACUAGGGCUACUGCUCCUUCCUUGUGUAUAUAUAUGCAUCCCAAUUUUUAUCUUACCCUUCAUCUCUAGGCCUCAUGUAGUGCUGUAAUGUAAUGAAUUGCAUAUAUCUGAAAUAUUCUAGUUUGUGGCA